CUGCCAACCCAACAGAGGGCGAGGAGGAGAAGCUCCAGGGACCAGCCCCCAGACCAACGCCCACCGCUCGCCGGCCCCACUGUGAUACAAACUAAUGAAGAUGGAGUCUCUGCCGCUGUAUCACACAGCCCACAGCGCCUCCAGGGUGGGCCUGUUCAACACCGCCAUGGGGAAACUCCAGCGACAACUGCGCAAGGGAGAAUAUGACAUUUUUAAAUAUUCACCUAUUUUUGAAAGCGACUUUAUCCAGGUCACAAAAAGGGGAGAAAUCGUCGACGUGCACAACCGAAUCAGAAUGGUGACGGUGGGCAUCGCAUCCACCAGCCCCGUCCUCCCGCUCCCAGAUGUCCUGCUGCUGGCCCGCCCCGCCACCGGCUGUGAAGAGUACUCCGACCAGGGCCAGGCCACCAAGGGAAAAGGCCGCAAGGCUUCGACGACCCUGGAGCUCACCAGGCUCCUUCCCUUGAAGUUUGUGCGGAUAUCCAUUCAAGACCCUGAGAAACAACAGCUGCGCCUCAAGUUCGCCACCGGCAGCUCCUGCUACCUGAAGCUGAGCCCCCCUCUGGAUGCACAGGAAGACCUCUUCCCCUACUGGGAAAAGCUCAUUUCCCUCCUGUGGCCGCCCGUGGACAAUCCCAGCAGAACCAGCAGAACCGAGGCCAUUCCAGCUGGGAGGAACCCAGCAGGGGCAGAUUUCCAAGGAAAAGGGGAUGAGGACCAGGUCAGUGUCAGGAGCCUCCACGAGGGCUCUGAGGUGGCCGGGGCCACCUCCGCAGCUUUUGCUGGCGGGGAGGAGACCUUUCAGGACCCCCCAAAGCCCAACAGCAUGCUCACUGUAGCUGCCCCAAACUGCCCGGGGCUCUACAGGGAGUCGGCAGCAGGGGCUACGAGCGAGGCGGCGGCCGCCAGGGAGGCCGCGGCAGCCGCGGCAGUGGCGGCGGCAGGGACAGCAGCAGAGUUCGCAGCGGGGGAGGCCGGGAUAUGCCUGGCGUCCGCCGGGCCCGGAGCUGCCGCCAAGCCUGCGGGAGAAGCCGCUCCGGACCGGUCGGAAGGCCAGCUCCUCUCGGACGCGCCGAGCUCGGCGGGCAGUGGGGAGGCGGCCGGAAGGCCGCCGCGCAAGCGCCGGAGGGAGCGGAGGGAGCGGAGGGAGCGCCGGGAGGAGGAGCGAGCCCCACGCAGUUCCCGCCACCGCAUGGACGCCGAGAAUCGCCACAAGGCCCCGGGGAACAAGAUCACCCCGACGGGCUCCAGCCGCUCCUUAGUCGGCCACAGAGCCGCGCGGGAGGACAAGGACAAGGGCAGCAGCAGCUUCGCGCGCGGUAGGCGCGCCCCCGACGGACGCACCAGCCACGCCCCCAUCGCCGAGGAGUCCGGGACCAAGAUCCUCCGCAGGAUCCGCGGGUUCCUGAGGAACCUAGCCAGCCUCAGUGCCUGAAGCGCGGCCUCCCCACGCCGCAGAGACGUGGACAUGUUGGCGACGACUGCGGAUAGGAGCGGUGUGGAGGCCAUCGCCGAGGCGGCGGAGCAGCCACGACUUUUGGAGCGCGCGGGGAGCGGGACGUCUGAUGUCAUGGAGACCGUGAACUUCCUAGGACCCAGAUAUUGGGCAGCUGGGGGACCUCUCCCGGGAGACUCCAUUGUCCUGCAGCCCAGUAGUGACCUCACAGGGGGGCUGCCACCUAAGACCCAAAUGUCCAGUCGAGGACCGCCCCCACCUCACACCCAUGCUCAGAGCCAAAGCAUCCUGCCUCAAGCUCGACAAAGUUGGCCUAAUUAUUCCCAUUUCACAGAUGAAGGAAGUGAGGCACAGACAAGUUCAAAUAACUUUCCCAAGGCCUUCAGGAGUGGAGCCAGGAUUAAAUCCCAAGGGGUCUCCACCCUCUUGACCCCCUCGUGGGCUGACUCUGUGGAGUGCGUGGCCUUAGAAGGUAUCUGCCCCUGCACUGUGGUGAGCAGCCAGCCCAUAGCCAGCCGUCUGUCCAUAAACUCCCUGGCUUAG